GUUGCCAGUCAUACGCUUUUCUUCACCCCGCACUUGUUGCAACGCACCUCCUCCCUCGACAUUCCGCCCAUCUCUCUCCUUCUCCCACAUCUGUCAUCCACCCAGGCCCACCCUGUCCCCCUCCAAAAGUCACGCAGCCCACCUCCAGCGACUCUUCCAGAAGCAGCAGGUGAAUCAUCCUCGCGUGACACUCCCGCCCACGCCGGCCUGGCUUUUCGGCAUAUCUAUUCCGUAUAAUUUUCCUCUCCGUUAGCGGCCCUUUUGGGGAUAUCUCUUGUUUGUCUCAUUGUCCCCCCAUUGCGGACAUAUCUACUCGUGAGUCGCCCAAUUCCAGGCUGUACAAAGCGUCGUCGGUCUCUGCUCUGGAUCGUAAACAACACGCCCCAUUGUCCCGCGCAUCCUUUGGUGUGUAUCUCGCCUGUCCAAAACUUUUCUCCUUUUCGCCAACUCCAUCAUCUCCCCUGUGCUCAUCCGAUGGCUGUAGAAAAUCUUCCUCCUCGCGCGACCCUCCCCCCUACCCGGCGUACUUCUCGUCUCCGCCUCAGAGAAUCCCACUCGCUCCUCGCAUCCCUCUGUCGCUCAAGAGUCCUCGAAACAGACACGCCGUCCCCCCUCAUGGAUGCCUUCCAACUCUUUGCGAGUUCCGCCGGGCCCUCAAUGACGAACGACGGGCAAGAUAUGGGCGAGAUGAGGUUGCAUGGCUUGAGGCUGAAUGUCGGGGAUCACAAGUCUGACGACGCCGGAUCAAUUUUUGUCUCCCCUCCCACCCCUGACAGGGUUGAGUCUCCUUCUGAUGAGGUCACCCUCACCCCGCCGCCAUCAAACCACGCCGUCGUGCGCUCAUCGAGUCCUCUCUCCAUGGCAUCUUCCAUCCCCGCAUUUGUCGCCCGGUCGUCCCCUUCACACAGUCCGCUGUCCUCUGCCCCAUCCUCCCCGGGCUCCGUUACCAUCCCGCUCCACGUCUUGCCGGAAGUGCGCUCACCGCCCAAGAAGACCCUCGCCAUGGCCGCCGACUCGCUCACGAUAGCUGCCAAAAGGGGCAGACGGUCGAAGCUGUUUGGUUUCACAGAGAUUCCAGGGAGCAACCUCAGCUCUGCUAGCAGCUCAGCCGCCAGUUCGCCCGACAACACCCCUCUUGUCAAGCCUCGAGCCGUCCACCGCGCGACUGCAUCCGUCCCAACCAUCUCCACACCUCUUCCCCCGCCAGCGACCUCUGCCUCGGCAGCCACAUCCCCUCAGAUGGUCCCCCGCCGUCACCCCAGCACCGUCGCCCACACGCCUCCCAUCCAUCUUCCACCACGCCGACGGCCCGAGAACGGCCUCAAACUCAACCUCGACGCCAUCCCGCCCAUCUCCGAUACCCCUGCUAUCCAUACCGCAAUUCCGUCGACCCGCUUUGGGAGAGCCCUCAUUCGGAAAAAGUCGGGCGAGGUGCUCAAGUCUGCGCUCAAGCAGAAUGGCGGGUCCGGGUCCAGUGGAGCUGCGACGCCCAUGGACGAAGGUCGGGCCAUGUACGAGUCCAAAUCGUGCCCUUCUACGCCCUCGGGUCUCAAAUUCGUGCACUUUGACUCGCAUCUCGAGCGCAUCAAGCUCUUCGUGCAUGACCAGAAACCGCUGGUGGUCAGCCGAGACGGGUCGCCGUUGAUGGAGGAUGAGGGGGACGAUUAUCCGUUUGGCGAUAUGGAGGAAGAACGCAAGGUCCUGCAGAUCUCGCUUCCCAACUUUCCGACGUACCAUGACCCCCAAUCUGAUCUCUACCUCGAGUCCAUCUUUCUCAAUGAUGAUCGCCAGUCCCUCCGAGGCGUCAUCAUCUGCAAAAACCUGUCUUUCCAAAAGUGGGUCGCUGUGCGAUUUACCUUUGACUGGUGGCAGACGACGUCUGAAGUCACUGGUGUAUUCAAGGAAUCUGUCAAGGGCGGGCAGUACGAUAGGUUCACUUUUACGAUCAAGCUGGGCGAUUUGAUCCCCAAGAUUGAGCAAAAGACGCUGUUCAUCGCCGCGAGGUACAACGUGAAUGGGAGGGAGAUUUGGGAUUCGAAUGGUGGGCAAAACUACCAGGUAUUGUUCACCAAGGACCGCCCUGCUCGACAGCCUACCAAGGGCGCGCGGGACGCUGCUCCCGUUCAGCCUGGCAUGGGCAAGGCGGUUGGGGGCAAAAGCUCCCAGUGGAGUGUCGCGGGUGGAGAUGACAGGAUGGCCGACUUGCGCGCCAAGCUCGAUAGACUCAAAGAUGACGACGACCGUCCGCCCUUGUCGCCCAACUCGUCCCGAAACUUUUCCUUCAACAACAAAAAGGCCUCUCCCCGAGCGUCGCUGGCGCCGCUCGAAGUCAAGGCGGCGGAUUCGAACGGUCGGGGCGGGUCGCUGGCGGCGAGAUAUGAUUUUGGCGCGUCGCUGAACUUGGCGAGGCGCAACUCCAACUCGCCGCUGAGGUCGCCUGUGCCCUUGCCAGAGAUGAAGACGGGUCUGCUAAGCUUUGAUGCGCCCAGGAGCCCUAGUAGCCCGGCUGCUACGACAUUCUACUCGCCCAAAUUCGACCAGGACAAAUUGGUUGGCGACAACAAUGUCUUUACCUCGCCGAGGUCGAACGCCAAGGCAGUGCCAGUGCCGGGGCUCAAGGUUGAAGGGCCUUCUCCGGAAGGGCCGUCGCCUGAACCCAUCGCUCCGUCUCCCACGCCCAAGACUCGGACUCCUUCAUCUGUAUCUGCUGUCAAGGUGGUCCCUACCCAGCCGCCACUUGUCCGGACGAUCUCUGCCCCUCCUAAAUUUACCAUCGGUGAACCGGAGCAUAUCGAGGACAAAUCUAUGGGCUCGCCUCCUUCGCUCGAUUCGUCGAGCACGGCGACGGCGACGCCGCCCGAGUCUCCUCGUUCACCGUAUGACAAUGGGGGUAGCUGGAGCCCGAGGACGAGCGAGGCCAGCGAGAGUUCGACGAGUUUGAAUAGUAUGAGCAGCAUGGCGAGUUAUUCGAGCUUGAUCGAGCAUUUCUGUUGGGCAGGUGAUCCUUCACUCGACGUCACGCGCCGUAACCACUCCACUUCCGAGCUCGACGAUUACUUUAGCCACCCCAGCUCAGGCUUCUCCACACCACGCGCUGGUACCCCGGCCGGUGGUGCGUCAGCUGCCACCACCCCGUCCUCCACUUCCACCUACUACACCUCGUACUCGAGCAACACGCCCACGAGGGAGGAUCUUGAUGCUGUAGAGAAUAGCCUGGAGGAAGGCUUUGGCAGGAGGGUGGGCCAAAGACCGAUGGUGUUUUAGAAAAUCUCUUUUUGUCAUCUUCCAUACUUGUACUUUCCCUACAUCACUGCUUGUCUCGUUCUAAUAUAUACAUCUUUCUUGUCGCAUGGGUGUCUCUUACGAGUGUACGAAAAUAAAUCAUUUAUACGGCUAUAGAUCGGCAUAUUCUUUGUUUGCACCUGUUCAAUCACUGUCAAGUUUUCAAUCAUCCAUUCUUUCCUCUAAUGCAUGUACUGUAUUCUCGGUG